AUGUGAAACCGUGUUCGUUAAUGGGAUAAGCCAUGCGAUAAGAGAGAAAAUAUAACACUGCAACGAUUUAUAAGUAAAGUAGUGGUUGGAGACAAUCUAUUGGAGACACUCACAAUCUUGAUUUGGCAAGGCAUUUGUCUUUUAUAUUUCUUCUAGGAUGUCAUUUAUUAUCUGUUAUUAAUGGAAGGUAUUAGGAGGGGGUAUAUAUAUUUUCAUCUUCUGUUGGUGACUGGCAUCUGCUCUGGAGGAAAGCAUUCAUUUUUAUCAACAGAUUCAGUAAGACGUCUGUCAACCGGUCAGGUAAAUCAUGGACAAUGGCAAACUCUUUCUUUCAAUACGUCCGAACAUUUUCGGAUCCGGGUCAAAUUCAUUUCUUUCAACCUGGUACCCGGUAUUGAUUUCAUCAGCAUCGGCGAUGGACUCAAACCAGAUAGUACCCAUAAUGCAAUGUUUACAAGUGACGGAAAGUACACCACCUUGGCAAAGUUCAGCGGACGCACUAUGACGAGUCAAGUAACUUCUCUCAGGAAUGCAGUCUGGAUAGGUUUUUACAUUAAUUCAAUAUCAGCAUCCUUUUCACUGGAGAUCACAGUCGUCAAUCAAACAGAUGAAAUCACCCUUGAUGCAAGUGAGAGUUAUUUCAUUCAGUCUUCAAGCUAUCCCACCGAAUACCCCCAAAACUGCUACCGAUUUUGGAAAUUCCAAGCCGUCGAUGGAUUCGUCGUAUCCGUCAUCGUUCACCACUUCGAUCUCGAGUUCAAUAGGGACCAUCUCUACAUCGGCGAUGGUGUAAAAAGGUUCUCAAACCAGAUGGAUAGCUGGCACGAUCUAACUGGGAAUUUGAUCGAAAUCAGCGAGUAUAGAUAUUUUAUUUCUCUCCGGUCCUCGGUACUGAUCAUAUUCACUACGGAUUUCGUCACCGCCGAAUCCGGUUUUCGGAUAGAAUUGCGGGCAAUUGAACAAGUUGCUCAGUCUACACUACUUCAAAGUGUAACUACCAUACCAAUAUCUUCAUCCCCAUCGGAACGGGGUAGCAAUGACGUCAUUACAUUGGAAAGCAGUGCUGUACAUCCAGGAACAACAAUAAAUGGGGUACUGAACAUGCAAUGGACAAACAUUUCUCGUAAGUUCUCAAUAAUCUUCGGUGCUCUUUCUGCAUCAUUCUUUCUCAUCUUGCUCGUGAUCUUCCUGCGUUAUGUGGGGGUGAAAUUUAGACGACGCCACCAUGAUCACUUAACACAGACAGAAGGAAUGAUAUACUGCACUGUCACAGAUUCGGCACCAGUAUUGCCCCCUCGUAGAUUCAUCAGAAAACACGCGUCUCUACUCUCUGCCUCCCCACCCGACGUUCACAGACACGCGUUUUUAGAUGACGAAAGUGACAGCACCAAUGAUAUGUUAAAGAACAGUCAUGCUUUGAAAGAUGAAGUUUUUAGCGAGGUUAUAUACACCCCUUAUCUGAGUCAACAAGUUGCAUUUGAGUCCUCAAGAAACGAUGGCGCGUACGCCUGCGUACCCGAUCCCCUAGGCAAGUAUACUUUCGAUGAAAGUGAAGAAAUUGACAAGUUCGGGUUUGAUAGGCCUGUUUCACGAGCAUAUUAUGAUGUACACGAGGUGUCUGGCCCUAAACCUCGUGCCACAUGUAGGAGAUGUGGACUUGAGAAGGUCCAAUAUGAUUGGUCGGCAGCUGACGACAGUCAAAUUAAGAGGUAUGGAUCUGGAGAGGGAUGUCCUGGACAUUCAUCACCAAGACGUGUAAGACCUAACGAUAGGUAUGGUAAAGAUGAUUUUAUCGUCUCACGCGGUGCUACCUCGAAAUCUGAUGACGAUUCUCUCAGUGUGAUGUCGUGCACGUCAGGACUUGGUGGAAGCAGAUUAAGUGAAUCAUCUAAUGCCAACCGUUGUUGUUGUUCUUUACAGAGUAAUGGAUGGUUACAAUCAGAUGAGUCUUGUAACUUUCCUCCUUCCAAGGUUAGGGAAUUGUCGUCCUCAAAAACAUCAAUAAUGUCGACAGAGGAUUUGAGAUUCUCACAUUGUGACAUUGACGAAUUCGGCUACCUCAUCUGCGAAACGUCGACACCGAAAAGCGGUGGAUUUCGGCAACUUACGUCCAACCGUGACGAAAAAUUACGUUACCGUGCUAGCAGCAGCGAUGAUUGGACAACGUCAGAUGAACUCGAUUCGUCUCCUAUAAGAUAUUCGGUGAGAGAAUCGGUCUCAAGUAGUUCAACAAUCGAGCACACCUAUCUUGAGAGAGAGUGCAUUGAAUAACACUAUGGCCGAGACCUAACGUAUGAGAACAUGUGACCUCAAAUUUAAAUUCAUAAGAAUAUAAAAAAGCGACGUUCAUAAUCGUAAAGAUGGUUAAUUUAUACAUGGAUCAUUUUGGUGCACAAUAAUUUUAGCUGAUUAUCUGGUUUAUUCAUAACAUAGGACUACAUUCAUGCAGGACAAAUUUGAAAGAGAUUUGCAUGGGCUCCAGGCUGAAAAUAUUAUGAUGAAAUAGAUAGGAGUAUAAUCAGAUAAAAACAAUGCUAAAUAUUUCAUAAAAUUUGGAUGAAAAUAACGAAAAUGUGACAUUUAAUGUUUAGCAUUAUGUCAUAAAACAGUUUUAUGCACGUCUUCGUGAAUAUACAAUGUGUUGACUCAAAUUUUUACUCUUUCGAUCUGAAUGAUUUUCAACCUGUAAAUAAUACCUCAGUCACAUUUGCUUUAAGGCGGCCCUACGGCGAGUCGAAAACAGCCGUUUUAACAUAUUUCUUUGCAAUAGCUACACAUAGAUGGUUUGAAUAAAAAUGAAUAAAACUAUUGUUUUCUACUCGCCGUACGGCCGCCGCACCAUAGAGCAAAUGUGACUGAGGUAUUACUUCACAUUCUCAUUCCUUCUCUAGAAGCUGUAAUGACUAUUGUAAUGUAAAUGAGAGUGCGAGGCUGAGUGAACAUGAAUGUGAAUAAUUGAGAUUGCAGUGCCUUGGGCUUGUGAGAAAGAAGAGAGAGAGAGGCUUGUUGGUAAUAAUAGUGACACACACUCUUCAGCAUCUUUGGUGAUCGACGGUCAGCACAGCCAUUUCUUGGCUCAUAUAUUUCUAACGCUAAUUUCAAGUCACUGUAAGUAGUUUGGUAUUUUUAUAUCCUGCUAAGAUUAUAGAGGGAAUAUCAGUCGUACUGUGGGAGAAAAGAAAGCAAGUAGUUUAUGUUUGAAUUAGUAUACAUUGAUUGAAGAAAAUGCGUUUUUUAUUGAAUUGCGAUUAAAGAAGUCAAAGUUUGUUUCAAGAAAAUAUCCUUUAAAGGCUUGUCGCGUUCAAUGUAGAAACUUAGUUUUACUAUUUAAAAUAAAUCUAAUGUAUUUUUGUUUUAUCA